GUUUUAAGCGUGAUGCUAUAGUUAAAUGAAAUCGGCAACUCUCUGCGUUUUGACAAGGAGGAGGUGAAAUAGCUUGCUUUUUAUUCGAGGAGUUAAUACGAGAACUUUGUUUUUGUCUUUCCAAUUGACAGCAGCAUCAUGAAAGAAGCGUGAACAGCAGUUAGUCAACACCAACCCGACCAGUGACAGUUCGCGUCUAUCAACAUCAACUGCAAGAAAAUAUACCAUCUGCAGAGACGUCAGUGGGGCAGAAAUUUGAGUAUUAUUUUGCAACCUGACCUAUAAAGGGGAUGUCAAGCACAGCCAUGAAGAAGAAGGUGUUGCUGAUGGGCAAGAGUGGCUCUGGGAAGACCAGCAUGAGAUCCAUCAUCUUUGCCAACUACAUAGCCAGAGACACGCGACGCCUUGGAGCCACAAUCGAUGUGGAGCACUCCCAUGUGAGAUUUCUUGGCAACCUGGUGCUGAACUUAUGGGACUGUGGAGGACAAGACACCUUCAUGGAGAACUACUUCACCAGCCAGAGGGACAACAUUUUCAGGAACGUGGAGGUGUUGAUCUACGUGUUUGAUGUUGAGAGCCGUGAGCUGGAGAAAGACAUGCACUACUAUCAGUCCUGUCUGGAAGCCAUCCUUCAGAACUCUCCUGAUGCUAAAGUAUUCUGCCUCGUGCACAAAAUGGACCUGGUGCAGGAGGACCAGAGAGACCUGAUCUUCAAAGAACGUGAAGAAGACUUGCGGAGGUUGUCCAGACCGCUGGCUUGUACCUGCUUCAGGACCUCCAUCUGGGAUGAAACUCUGUACAAGGCGUGGUCCAGUAUCGUGUACCAGCUGAUCCCAAACGUUCAGCAGCUGGAGACGAACCUGAGGAACUUCGCCCAGAUUAUCGAAGCAGACGAAGUGCUCUUGUUUGAGCGAGCCACGUUUCUGGUAAUUUCUCAUUAUCAAUGCAAAGAGCAGCGUGAUGCACACCGGUUUGAGAAAAUCAGCAACAUUAUCAAGCAGUUCAAGCUCAGUUGCAGCAAACUGGCGGCCUCCUUCCAGAGCAUGGAGGUUAGAAACUCUAACUUUGCGGCCUUCAUCGAUGUGUUCACCUCCAACACAUACGUCAUGGUCAUCAUGUCUGACCCCUCCAUACCCUCUGCAGCCACACUCAUCAACAUCCGCAACGCCAGGAAGCACUUUGAGAAGCUGGAACGAGUGGACGGGCCCAAACACAGUCUGCACAUGCGAAUGCGCUAGUCUCUGGCUCUACGUGGGUACCGUCUCAACCAAUCAGUCUCCAGACAUCAGACACCAGGCUUCCGGUCCCGCCCCCUUGCAUGAGCAGCGACCCAAUCACGUUCUCCAACUCUUAGCUCCAAGACCCUGUUCUGACCUUGUUCUUGUCCUUGUUUCUACGGUGAUCUUGUAUAUCAUGAAAAUCAAUGCUUGUACUCGGACGCGUAUGUCGUAAAUCUACACAAAGAUAUCAAUGGAAUGCUUUAUAUAUAUUUUAUUAAGGGGCUACCAUUGCAGUCUUUAGGUGUAAAAGACUGUGAAAAUAAAAAUGUUUUGGUCAUGAGGGAAGGAAUAUUUACAAUACCUGUAAUGAUCAGUUGACUGUUGCCCAGGAAACGAGUGGAAUUGAUAGUUCUACUACGCUCUGGCAUUGUGCCAACUAUGAAGAUGGACGCUGAGUUUUGUUAUAAUGGCUUUGUAAAGAGAAUACAAAUUGAAAGGUGUGUGAUAUGGGUGGGAGUCACACACACUGUUGAACACUGGGAAACAUUCUGCUGCCUUACAUUCGGACAUGUGGAUUCAUUGUUUUUUUUGAACUGCAAAUAAAAAAUAAAAAAAGCUA